AUGCACGGAGCCAGUAUUUUGACAAGAACACUAAAGAAGAGUCCAACGCGUGGUCAAAACUCUACGGAAAAGGAAACCGUCACACGAGAUAAGCGAGCACGUCUAGAUGCCGAGGUUGGCGUCCCUUUUUAUAGUGCAACCAUGGCUGUCGAACGGAUUGGCUCCAUCAUCAAGCACCUGGCCCCCGGGUCAUCGCUGAACAGCAUCCAGUCCAAGAACCCCGAUGAUAUCGUCAUCACCUAUGCCGCCCGCACACCGCUCACCAAGGCGCGAAAGGGUGGCUUCAAGGACACGAGCCUGGAGUACAUGAUCAUGGCCCUGCUCGAGAAGGUCCGCGAGAACAGCGGUAUCGACCCUGCCAUCGUCGAGGACAUUUGCCUCGGCAACACCGGUGAUGCCCAAUCCGCCUACAAGAUCCGAGCUGCAGCCCUGGCUGCUGGCUUCCCCCACACUGUCGCCGCCAGCGUCGUCAACCGCUUCUGCUCCUCUGGCCUCAAGGCCAUCGCCGAUAUUGCACACCAGAUCACCAGCAACUCCAUCUCGGUGGGUAUCGCUAUCGGUGCCGAGUCCAUGUCCACGGGCGGCGGCGCUGCUAGUGAACUCGACGAGGCCGUUAUCAAGAGGACCCAGGAGGCCCACGAUGCUAUUCAGCCCAUGGGCUGGACCAGCGAGAACGUCGCCAAAGACUUUGGUAUCACUCGAGAGAAGAUGGACAUUUACUCCGCGGAGAGCUUCCAGCGAGCAGAGAAGGCCCAGAAGGCUGGCUACUUUGACGAUGAGAUUGUGCCCAUCACCACAAAGGUCAAGGACGCCAACGGCGAGCUGAAGGAGGUGACGCUCACCAAGGACGAGGGCAUCCGCCCCGGCACCACUGCCGAGGGCCUCUCCAAGAUCCGCGCUGCUUUCCCCCAGUGGGGACCUACCACCACUGGUGGAAACGCCUCCCAGGUCACCGACGGUGCUGCGGCCGUCGUCCUGAUGAAGCGAUCAACCGCCAUCAAGCUGGGCCUGCCCAUCAUGGCCAAGUACGUCGGCUCUACCGUCACCGCCUUGCCCCCCCGCAUCAUGGGCAUUGGUCCCAGCCUUGCCAUCCCCAAGCUGCUCUCCAUCUACAACAUCAGCCUCAACGACAUUGACGUCGUUGAGAUCAACGAGGCCUUUGCCUCCAUGGCCGUCUACUGCCGCGACAUUCUCAACCUGGACUGGGCCAAGAUGAACCCCAGGGGAGGCGCCAUUGCUCUCGGCCACCCUCUGGGAACCACUGGAGCGCGACAGGUCAUUACUGGCCUGAGCGAGCUGCGGAGGACCAAGAAGAAGCUGCUGUUGACGAGCAUGUGCAUUGGAACCGGCCAGGGCAUGGCUGGUCUGUUUGUCAACGAGCAGCUGUGCGCAGCCGUCGUGGCCAAUCGCCGGCGCUCGCUUGGCGUCCUGGGCGGUCUGGCGGCGUCUCAAAUGCACGUUGAGGCCAUCCUUCACCGCAUUCGUCCCCCCCUGGCUCCCAGUGGAGCGGCGCCCUGUGUGGAGCCUCUUCAGCGCUGUGUCGCACUGCUGUGGCCGGUGCGCUCCCCCGCUGAUGUCACCCGCGGCUUCGGCGUCACUGAUCCUAAUCCUCGAAACAAGACCCUUUCGAUCCGGAUCCCACAUGCACGCCUCGACUCCGAGCGCCACGACCCCGAACCCGUGAAAAUGUCGGGACCCCCGCCGCCGCUGAGCCGCGCAGACUCGUCCAAAGAUCACCGCCCGCUCCAGCCAAGCACGCUUCGACAGAGCCAUACGCCGGAGAGCCGUCCGGGCAGCGAGGACAGCAACCAUAGCGACAUCUAUCCGUCUUCUACAGCAGUCGGCGACCAGUUCAUGGGCGAGUCCACGCCGCUGAUCCUGGGCUCCGAAGCGCGGGGCCGCAACCAUGGCACCUUUAGCCCGCGGGCGUCCUCGCCCAAUGGCCUCUUCAGCGGGAGCACCGACGACGGAAGCGAUUCGAUGAGGUCUGGUGGAAACACUGGCAUAUUUGCGUCUCUGCUGGGUGGUGAUGACUGGAAGAGGUGGCUUACGAGGAGGAUGCGGACCACUAAGAUGGGCCACAGCAGUGAGCUUGCCGAGCAGGCAGGGUUCCGAGAUACGCCCUUCAUGUAUCUGGCAUACUACAUCCCGUGCCUGAAUUGGAUCCAGCAGUAUAAGCUAUCGUACCUCCAGGGCGACUUCAUUGCUGCUGUCACGAUGGCUUCGUUUUACCUCCCGAUGGCGCUCUCACUUGCCGCCAACCUAGCACACGUGCCGCCGAUUUACGGUCUCUACGGCUUCAUUUUCAACCCCUUCAUCUACGCAAUGCUUGGAUCCUCCCCGCAAAUGGUGAUCGGCCCCGAAGCGGCCGGGUCUCUGCUCGUCGGCACCGUGGUGAAAGCCAGCGUGGACUCUGGAGGCGAAGGCUCAGAAGACAACGAUGCUCUACAAGCUCAAAUCUGCGGCGUGGUGGCCGGCAUGGCUGGCGCCAUGGUUCUCAUUGCAGGUCUGGCCAGACUAGGAUUUUUGGACAGCGUGUUGAGCAGGCCGUUCCUGAGAGGCUUCAUCUCUGCCAUUGGUUUUGUCAUUGCUGUGGACCAGCUGAUUCCCGAGCUUGGCCUUGCAAACCUUGCGGAGGAAGUUGGCGUCAACCAUGGGAGCAGCGUCGACAAAAUUCGAUUCAUAGCCAGCAAUGCUGGCAAGGCCCAUAAACUGACUUUUGCUGUGGCGGGAGUGAGCUUCGUCGUCAUUAUGAUAUUUCGCGAGCUCAAGCGCCGUUUGGAAAAGAGAUUUCCUGGAGUUGCCUACUUUCCCGACCGGUUCCUCGUUGUUGUUAUCUCUGCUAUUUUGUGCUGGCAUCUCGAUUGGGAAAAUCAGGGACUUGAAGUUUUGGGUUCUGUCAAGGCCGACUCUGGGGGCAUCUUUGAAUUCCGAUGGCCCUUUCAAGUUGCCCAUAUGAAGCAUAUCCGCACGGCCAUGUCGACUUCCUUCCUCAUUGCCCUUCUUGGCUUUUUUGAGUCGUCUGUUGCUGCCAAGAGUUUAGGUGGUAGCUCUAUCCCCGGCAUCGAAUUGAGUGCCAACCGAGAGAUGAUUGCUCUUGGAACUGCAAAUCUUGUUGGCUCCUGUUUCAUGGCUCUGCCUGCCUUUGGUGGCUAUGGACGAAGCAAAGUGAACAAGACAACUGGUGCAAAAACCCCAAUGAGCUCUGUGUUCCUUAGUCUCUUCUCAUUACUCUCCGUUCUGUUUCUAUUGCCAUAUUUUUACUUUUUACCGAAACCGGUUCUUUCCGCAAUGAUUUCAGUCGUGGCAUGGUCGCUGAUAGAAGAGGCGCCCCACGAUAUUUCAUUCUUCCUACGUAUUCGAGGCUGGACCGAGCUGGGUCUCAUGGCAGCCAUCUUCUUCUCCACCAUCUUCUAUUCCCUGACUUUGGGUAUGGCUCUUGGAGUAGGAAUCUCUCUGCUUCUCGUUAUUAAGCACAGCACUCGUCCUCGCAUCCAGAUCCUCGGCCGUGUUCCCGGCACUAACCGGUUUGAGAACCCCGAAUCCCAAGACUCCCGAAUCGAGUUCAUUGAGGGAUGCCUGAUUGUCAAGAUCCCGGAGCCAUUGACGUUUGCCAACACUGGCGAGUUAAAGGCACGACUUCGACGACUGGAGUUUUAUGGCACAGCGCUAGCACAUCCUGCUUUACCGCGCAUCCGAAGCACAGACUCCAACCGUAACAUCAUCUUCGAUAUCCAUGGUGUGACAUCCAUGGAUGGCUCCGGCACGCAAGUGCUCGAAGAGAUUGUUCGAGACUAUCGGGAGAGGGGCGUGCGAGUCUUCUUCUCGCGCGCACCACACCACCGGGAUCACCCCGUGUGGAAGCUCAUGGACAAGAGUGGAAUCGUCGACUUGUGCGGCGAGAGGCAUUUUGUAAAUGACGUUGAAGCGGCGCUACGCUUAACGGAGUAUGAAGAUAGCGUCAUGACACAGUGA